AAAGGGGGUUGAUAAUAACCAAACCUAAUUUUUAUCUUGAAAUAGAGUUAAUGGUUUUCACGGGCCGCGAGAACCCAAACCAGAUCGAGUGCUCCAAUUGUUGCCCGUGACUCAGCUUCCAGUUGAUACCACCUCCAGGAUGAUAUUAGGGCUCUUCGAGUUCUGAACAAGCCGAAAACAGCAAUUUGAAGUAUCGUGACCUUCAAAGCUUCGUUUGGAGGCUAUAGUAAUCAAGUAAUGGCCGUGUCAGUGGCAAAGCUAUGUAAACCAAUCUGUUCGUUUUCCUUCACUUUCGUUCGUUUUUCAUACCCUAUACAUACAAUCUCAUCACAACAGUUACUUGAACAAUCAAUUAAAUCAGCCAUCGAAGCCAAAACUUACCGUCAAAUUGCCGACAUUUUUAACGCCUCAAAAGAAGCUUCUCAAGCCUCCAAUCCUUUCUCAUUCCUCUCAAACUUUCACCACCAACAUAGAGCCAAAAUAAUUGACGAGAUUCUACAAAGUUUUAUCCCUCUUAGGCCUCGCAAUCACCCUCAACGCGCAUACGCCUACCUCCUUUCUUUCACACUGCAAGGUCCUGAUCCUCUACCGUUAUCCCUAGCAAUCUUGCAACGCACCCUUCGGUCGGGCUGCACCCCUGUUCCUCAAACUCACCUGCUUCUCUCCAGUGUAUGGAUUCAUCAACGAAAGGAGUUCGGUCAUACUGUUUCCAACAUGCUAUUGCAGAUGCAUUCGAUAGGAUAUAAACCGGACGGUGGUGUGUGCAACUAUCUUAUUUCAUCACUAUGUAAAGUUGAUCAGUAUGAGGAAGCGGUUCAGGUGUUACGGUCCAUGGGUGGUGCAGGAUGUGUGCCGGAUUUAGACAGUUUCGGUUCUGUAAUCGGUCUACUCUGUCACUAUAGAAAGACCAAAAAGAUUGAAGAGUUAAUGAAGGAGAUGGUUUCGAAGUUCAGAUUAUCCCCUAGGAAAGAACUGGUGGUUAAAGUUUUCAAGUCGAUGCGGGCUAAUAAAGAUGUGCAUAAAGCUGUUGAAAUGGUUAUUUUUCUCGAAGAAAUGGAUAUACAAAUUGGGUUCGAGAGUUAUGAGGUGGUUGUUGAGACGUGUUUGGAAUCCAGUUUGUUUGUUUUAGCAGGUAAAGUUGUUAUGAGGAUGACGAACAGAGGUUUCAUACCGUAUAUAAAGGUGCGACAGAAAGUGUUUGAUGGAUUGGCUGCUGUUGGUGAAUUGGAGUUUGCUUAUAUUCUUAAAAUGAAGUUCACAGAACUGAACUCUUAGCAUUCUACAUAUUUCUUUCGGGAAUCUAUAUAGAAAAAAGAAGAUUUUUACUUCAUUCAUUGAUCUCUUUCUUGGUUUAAAGUAGAAAAUUUAGGGGUUGAGUUAUACUUAUUAUAGUUUCUAAAUAGCUUUACCAUAUCCAAUACGAGUCAACAUCAUGUACACACCACUGGACUAGAACUGAAAUAGAAUGGUAGAUGUAAUAGCAACUGAUACGCGUUGCUUGGUGACCACAGCUUGCAGACUUUUUUCAGCUUUAACAGUAGUGCUGCCCCUUAACUAUCAAGCCAUUUGAUGAGGCACACAAGUGGAAGUACUUACUAUAUAAUAUAUAUAUAUCAUGGUGCAACUGCAACAAAAUGCAUCAGGAUUUGAAAAGGGAUUAUCCGUCGUCCGAUAUGAAAGUAGAUGUUUCCAAAUAUGUGGAAAAGUGUGUGAUAUCGGUACAAGUGAAGAUUGAGUAGCAAAAGCUACAUGUUAAAGUCUGACCGUUGGAAAUUCUAAUGUGCAAGUUGGAGCUUAUCAUCAAUGAAUUUGCUUACCAAAUUACUAAAGACCCCAAAACAUAAUAAUUCUAUUUGGGCGAUUGUUGAUAGCCUGGAGAGUCAUUUGGUGGUAGGGAGAAGGAGAGAUGCUUCUUCUUACAACAACACAACUUGAUCUUGAUUCGGUGGUUAGUACCCUUCUGACGUUGGUUGCUUUCGUGUAGAUACUAAUCAAUGUCCUACAACUUUGAUCAAAGAUCCCUCUACCUAUGGUUGGAUUCUCUUCUAACAAGAUUUAUCACUCAAGUAUCCAAAUGUCACCUUGCGAAAACGCUUUAUCGGAUGAGAUGUUGAACGCCAAUCUGUUGGGAGGGUGUAGUCGGGCAACGAGAACUUGGAAGGGGCCCGAUUGGUGCAAGACCAUCUAGAAAAGUCAUCAACUAAGAGGUUGAAAAUGGCACAAGAUUGAGUGAUUGACAAAGGCUAAUAUGACAUGACGGCACUCCGUUUUUUAGGUUCUAGGGUAUGGUUGGAGCCCUAUAGAGGCUCCAUUGUGACACAACAUCCUCAUGUCACCUAAGGGAUUCUCUUGCAUCUCC